UCUGAUUUUCCUUAUUCACAUUCAGGGCAAAAUGAAGCACGGUCGUGUCACGGAGCUUCCGGAGGAUUUCUGGAUCCCCAUCCCUCUGGAUACGGACAACAUCACGUCUCUCAGCCCCUUCCUGAUCCCGCAGGACCAUCUAGCAAGCUCAGUCACCUACUAUGCGAUGGCCAUGUACAUGCUUUUUAUUUUUAUUGUGGGCACUUUCAUCAAUGCUCUUACGGUUGCAUGCACCAUCCAAAACAAGAAGCUCCGGUCCCACCUCAACUACAUCCUGGUGAACUUGGCCAUGUCAAACCUUUUGGUGUCUGGCGUGGGCUCCUUCACUGCCUUCUGCUCCUUUGCAGCCCGAUAUUUCAUCCUCGGACCACUUGCAUGCAAGAUCGAAGGUUUUAUUGUAACCCUUGGAGGUAUGGUGAGCCUGUGGUCUCUUGCUGUGGUAGCUUUUGAAAGAUGGCUGGUCAUCUGCAAGCCACUUGGUAACUUUAUUUUCAAGCCCGACCAUGCGAUAGCCUGCUGUCUAUUCACCUGGGUGUUUGCACUGAUUGCCUCAGUUCCUCCACUGGUCGGAUGGAGCAGGUACAUCCCAGAAGGCCUGCAGUGCUCCUGCGGUCCAGACUGGUACACCACCAACAACAAAUACAACAACGAAUCCUACGUGAUGUUUCUCUUCGGCUUCUGCUUUGCUGUUCCCCUUGCCACCAUUGUCUUCUGCUACUCCCAGCUCCUAAUUACACUGAAAAUGGCAGCGAAGGCCCAAGCAGAGUCUGCCUCCACCCAGAAGGCAGAGCGGGAGGUGACCAGGAUGGUGGUCAUCAUGGUGUUGGGCUUCUUGGUGUGCUGGUUGCCUUACGCCUCAUUUGCUCUUUGGGUGGUCAAUAACCGCGGGCAGUCCUUUGACCUGAGGUUUGCUUCUGUACCGUCCGUCUUUUCCAAGUCCUCUGCAAUCUACAACCCGGUCAUCUAUGUUCUCCUCAAUAAACAGUUCCGUACAUGCAUGAUGAAGAUGCUGGGGAUGGGUGGAGCUGAUGACGAAGAGUCGUCGACAUCGUCAGUAACCGAAGUCUCCAAAGUUGGGCCUGCGUAGACUGAACAUCAAGACCGAUGACUUCUCUGCCACUAAUGAUUGUGGAUUGUAAAUAACAGUAAAUGUACGUGUGUUUUGUCAUAU